AUGUUGCCAGGGCUGCUUCUGGUAGCCAUGCUCUUUCUUUCUUCAGUUCCAGUAAAUGCUAUAGGAGAAGUCGAUGGAGUAAAGAAGUAUGAAGUAGUUUAUCCCAGAAAACUUCAUCCACUGUAUAAACGAGAGACCAAGAAGCCACAUCAACAGGAAAAAUAUGAAAUUGAAGUGAAGUAUGAAAUGACAGUUAACGGGAAAAUGGCAGUGCUUUAUUUAAAAAAAUCCAAGGAUCUCUUGGCACCAGGUUACACGGAAACACAUUAUAAUUCCACAGGAAAGGAGGUCACCUCCAGCCCACAGAUCAUGGAUGACUGUUAUUAUCAAGGAUAUAUUAUUAAUGCAAAAAUUUCUGAAGCUAGCAUCAGCACAUGUAGGGGUCUAAGGGGCUACUUCAGUCAGGGAGAUGAAAGGUACUUCAUCGAACCUUUAGGCUCUGCAAAUCAGGAUGAACAGGAGCAUGCACUUUUCAAGCAUGAUCCCAAUGAAAAGAAGGAUAACAGCACCUGUGGGAUGGAUGACAUGUUAUGGGCACAUACAUCUCGGCGGAAUGUGACCCCACCUGCCACCAGUCUGCUCAAAUUAAAUGACCAGAAGGUUUGGGAACAAAAGAAAUACGUAGAAUAUUAUUUGGUCCUGGAUAAUGGUGAGUUUCAAAAGUACAAUCAAGAUCCAGAGAAAAUAAGAACGAGGGUGUUUGAGAUGGCCAAUUACGUCAACAUGCUUUAUAGAAAGCUCAAUACUUAUGUGGCCUUAGUGGGGCUAGAAAUCUGGAAUGAUGAGGAUAAGAUAAAGAUAACCCCAAAUGCAAGCUUCACCUUGGAAAACUUUUCUAAAUGGAGGGGGGAUGUCCUCCUUAGUAGAAAGCGUCAUGAUGUUGCGCAGUUAAUCACGGCAACAGAACUUUCUGGAACAACUGUGGGUCUUGCUUUUAUGUCCACUAUGUGCUCCCCUUACCAUUCUGUUGGCAUCAUUCAGGACCACAGUGACAAUGUGCUUAGAGUUGCAGGGACAAUGGCCCAUGAAAUGGGCCAUAACUUUGGAAUGUUUCAUGACUCCUAUGUUUGCAAGUGCCCUUCUACAAUUUGUGUCAUGAACAAUGCACUAAGCUUCUAUAUACCUACAGACUUCAGUUCCUGCAGCCGUGUCAGCUAUGACAACUUUUUUGAAGAUAAAUUAUCAAAUUGCCUCUUUAAUGUUCCUUUGCGAACAGAUAUCAUAUCCAACCCGAUCUGUGGGAAUCAGUUGGUGGAAGUGGGAGAGGACUGUGAUUGUGGGACUUCCGAGGAAUGCACCAACAUCUGCUGUGAUGCUAAAACAUGUAAAAUCAAGGCAGGUUUGCAAUGUGCAUUAGGAGAAUGCUGCGAAAAGUGCCAGUUUAAAAAGGCCGGUACAGUGUGCAGACCAGCGAAAGAUGAGUGUGACCUGGUGGAAAUGUGUGAUGGUAAAUCUGGUAUUUGCCCUGCUGAUCGAUUCCAGGUCAAUGGCUUCCCCUGCCAGGAUGGGAAGGGCUACUGCUUGAUGGGGAUGUGCCCCACACUGCAGGAGCAGUGCACUGAGCUCUGGGGAGCAGGAGCCGAGGUUGCAAAUAAGUCAUGCUACAGGAAGAACGAAGGUGGGUCAAAGUAUGGGUACUGCCACAGAGUGAACGACACCCGUAUUCCCUGUAAAGCAAAUGAUGUCACAUGUGGGAAGUUAUUCUGUCAAGGUGGGUCAGAUAAUUUGCCCUGGAAAGGACGUAUAGUAACUUUCCUGUCAUGCAAAACAUUUGAUCCUGAAGACAGCAGUGAAGAGAUAGGCAUGGUAGCCAAUGGAACAAAGUGUGGAAAUAAGAAGGUUUGCAUUAAUGCAGAAUGUGUAGAUAUCGAGAGAGCCUACAAAUCAACCAAUUGCUCAUCUAAGUGCAAAGGACAUGCUGUAUGUGACCAUGAGCUCCAGUGUCAGUGUAAAGAAGGCUGGGCCCCUCCUGACUGUGCUGACUCCUCCUUGGUCUACCAUUUCUCCAUUGCGGUUGGGGUGCUGUUCCCUGUGGCUGUCAUACUUGUGGUAUGUGCUGUAGUAUUCCGGCAUCAAAGCACCAAAGGAAAGCAGAAGAAAGUCCAGAGGCCACUGUCUGCCCCUGGCACCAGGCCAGACAGAGAGAAGAGGAAACCACAGACAAUGAAGGCUCUUCAUUGCAAAGAGAAAAGUCAGAUGAAGCUUCACGCCCCUGACCUGUCAGUGGAUGGCAGUGAGCCUCCAGCUUCUUUUCAUGAAGAAACCAAGGUCCUUUCCUCUACUAUUCUCAUGGAUAAGCCAAUGGCUAUAUCUAAGGGCUCCAAUCCAAAUGUCUGA